GAGCUUUUAUUUCAUUUUCUUUCCCUUUCUGGUUUCAGAAAUCUUCUUCCAAUCCUGCUUGCUUUUAGAUCUCUCUGCUCUUACUUGUUUCCGCAGAGUCUUAAAUUGUCUUCAUCAUUCUGGGUUAGCUUCUUCUUCCCGCUAACUUCUCUGUGGAUUUUUGUUUUGAGUUUGAUAUCCAUUACUUCCCGAUCUGGUGGGCUCUUUCGAGUUCAGAUUUUGUUGAAUUUCUCUGAUCAUCGGCAACACUAGGAGGCUUUGGGUCAUGAGAAACAUCAACUUGUUUCUCCCAUGGGUUCUGUUCUUAGCAUUUCAAGUUGUUCGAGCUGCGGAUUAUGUGCCGCCUGAUAAAAUCCUCUUGAGCUGUGGGGGUCCUCCAGAUUCAACCGAUACUGAUGGAAGAAAAUGGACUUCUGAUGUUGGGUCCAAGUUCUUGUCCUCUACAGGAAAGUCCAAAAAAGCUGAUGCUGCAACACAAGACCCCGCCGUGCCGGAAGUUCCGUAUAUGACGGCGCGUGUGUUUCAGUCGGAAUUCACCUACAGUUUUCCGGUGUCAUCUGGUCGGAAAUUCAUCCGUCUCUACUUCUACCCUUCUUCUUACGACGGACUCAACGCCUCCAAUGCGCUCUUCUCCGUCGCUGCUCAAUCCUACACGCUUCUUAGGAACUUCAGUGUCGCUCAAACGGUAUUAGCUUUGAACUAUGACUCUCUUGUGAAUGAAUAUUUGGUCAAUGUUGAAGGAGAUAGGCUGAAUGUAACUUUUACUCCAUCUCCCAAUGCUUCUAAUGCGUAUGCCUUUGUUAAUGGGAUUGAGAUUGUGUCUAUGCCUCCUGAUAUUUAUGGUGCUUCAAGUGAUAGUCCCGAGAUUGUGGGUACAAAUACUCCUUACACUUUUGAUAAUAGCACUGCUCUUCAGACUGUUUAUAGGCUGAAUGUUGGUGGGAAUGACAUCUCGCCUUCCCAUGAUACUGGUUUGUUCAGGUCAUGGUCGGGUGAUACUUUGUAUCUUUAUGGUGCUGGUUAUGGAGUCACUGAGCCUGCUGAUCCUGAGGUUAACAUCACGUAUCCCCCAGGAACACCCUCAUAUAUUGCUCCUGUUGAUGUCUACUCUACAGCUAGAUCAAUGGGGCCGAAUGCCAAUAUCAACAUGAAUUACAAUUUGACUUGGAUUUUCUCUGUCGAUUCUGGGUUUUCUUAUCUUGUGAGACUCCAUUUUUGUGAGGGUUCUACAAAUAUUACCGAGAUAAAUCAAAGGGUGUUUGAUGUAUUCCUCGGCAAUCAAACUGCUGAAGAUGGAGCAGAUGUUAUUGCUUGGGCAAAGCAAUAUGCUCUUCCACAUGAUAAUGGGGUUCCAGUGCAUAAGGAUUAUGUUGUGUUUGUACCUGCUGGGCAGCCUCAACAGGAUCUGUGGCUUGCACUACAUCCGGAUGAUCAGUCAAAGCCUCAGUACUUAGAUGCAAUAUUGAAUGGAGUGGAGAUAUUCAAAAUAAAUGAUCCUACUGGUAAUCUUGCUGGGCCGAAUCCUAUUCCUGCUCCACAGCAAGAUGUUAUUGAUCCGUCAUUGGCUAGAAGCCCAAGUAAAGGCCAAUCAAAGAGUCAAAUAGGAGCAAUUGCUGGAGGUGUUAGUGGGGGAGUAGUUCUAUUAAUUGUUAUCGGACUCAUUGCCUUUUCUGCUUCACGUCGUAGGAGGCAUGGCAAGAAGGAUUCCGGUACAAGUGAAGGGCCAUCUGGCUGGCUUCCUCUUUCUCUUUAUGGUAACUCACACUCUGCUGGUUCUGCCAAGACGAACACCACAGGAAGCUAUGCUUCGUCACUCCCAUCAAACCUUUGUCGGCAUUUCUCAUUUGCUGAAAUUCAGGCUGCAACAAACAACUUUGAUGAGGCUUUGCUCCUUGGUGUGGGAGGAUUUGGUAAGGUUUACAAAGGAGAAAUUGAUGGUGCAACGACCAAGGUAGCAAUCAAACGUGGGAACCCUCUUUCUGAGCAGGGGGUACAUGAGUUCCAAACUGAGAUUGAAAUGCUCUCUAAACUUCGCCACCGGCAUCUUGUUUCACUGAUUGGCUACUGCGAAGAGAACACUGAAAUGAUCCUUGUUUAUGACUACAUGGCUCAUGGAACUCUCCGGGAGCAUCUGUACAAGACCCAGAAACCUCCACUAUCAUGGAAGCAGAGGCUUGAGAUAUGCAUUGGAGCUGCUCGAGGUUUACACUAUCUACACACUGGUGCCAAGCACACUAUCAUCCAUAGAGAUGUGAAGACUACUAACAUUUUACUGGAUGAGAAGUGGGUAGCAAAGGUUUCUGAUUUUGGAUUGUCAAAAACGGGUCCAACAUUGGAUAACACACAUGUGAGCACCGUAGUUAAGGGUAGUUUUGGGUACUUGGAUCCAGAAUACUUCAGGAGGCAACAGCUGACUGACAAAUCUGAUGUUUACUCCUUUGGGGUGGUUCUUUUCGAGAUCUUGUGUGCUCGUCCAGCUUUGAAUCCAACCCUUCCAAAAGAGCAAGUGAGCUUGGCAGAGUGGGCUGCUCAUUGCUACAAGAAGGGCAUUCUCGACCAUCUCGUUGAUCCUUACUUGAAAGGCAAGAUAGCCCCAGAAUGCUUCAAAAAGUUUGCCGAGACUGCAAUGAAGUGCGUGGCUGAUCAGGGCAUCGAAAGGCCAUCGAUGGGGGAUGUGCUGUGGAACCUUGAGUUUGCUUUGCAGCUGCAAGAGAGCGCGGACGAGAGCGGUAAGGGCAUUGGAGGAAUGCAUCACAUUGAUGAGGAUGAGCCACUGUAUGUAAACUCCAAAGGGAAGGACCCGAACGAUGCAUUACCGGGUUUCGACGGCAAUGUAACCGAUUCCAGAAGCUCUGGGAUGAGUAUGAGCAUCGGUGGUCGGAGCCUGGCCAGUGAAGACUCUGAUGGAUUAACACCAAGCGCAGUAUUUUCACAGAUCAUGAAUCCAAAAGGACGUUAAUGUCAUCAUGCAAGAAGCUAAACACAAGCAUGAGGGCUACAUCAUACGUAUCUCGAGUUCGAAGCUGUUGAUGUUGAUGAAUGGAAUCAAAAUUGAAUUUUAAACAUUCUUAUUUAAUUUCAUGUAUGUUAUAUAUCUUGUCUGAUUUGUUUUGAUCUUGUAAGUUGCAAUUGUGACCACAUUACAUGAGGAUGAAACAUGUUCAGGUUAACCAUUUCA